AUGGAAAAAUCGUACCAGGACACCCCUCGGUCAUGGGCAAUAGCUGUGGCGUGUGCCUGGAAUUUCUUCUGGCUGACCAUCGUCAAUCGGUCGGCGGGAGUGAUGUUCAUCUGCUACCAACAGGAAUUCGGCAUUAAUCGUCAGGAAGCAUCAUGGGCGUUCAGCCUCAUGGAUACAGUGAGCAGCUUCAGUGUGAUAUUCUGUAGCAUACUUUACCGAUAUGUGGACACGCGUCCGAUCUCGGCGAUGGGUGUCCUCCUUGUGGCGAUGGGAUACUUCUUCUGCUGCCUGAUCUACGACGUGAUAAUGGUUACGAUAGUGCUGGGCGUUAUUGUCGGCCUCGGUCAAGGAAUGAUGUAUUUUUCCAACGCCAUCAUAAUCAACCAGUAUUUCCUGAAGAACCGCGUCUCCGGCAACGGUAUAUAUUUCGCCGGAGGAACGCUGGGCUCCUUUUUCGUGCCUCCAGUUCUAUUCAAGGUUGUUCAAUGGUGCGGACUGCGAUACACAUUCUUAAUUCUCGGCGCAUUGGCGUUGAACGGCUGGGCGGCUUCCAUCCUACUCAAGAGUCCCCUAAAAAUGAUGAAAGAGAGACAAAAAACCAAAGAGAAAGCUCUGGAGAACGCUCGACCACCCACACCCGAGGAAAUAAAGAACAUGCCACCGCCACCACCGCCGUAUGAAGAGAAUCCCCAGAAAUCGCCACUGGGCAAAGCGGCGCCCGAGGAGAAUACAUACGUCAUCGAAAGCAAUGGCACCGUGGAGAAACUUUAUAGCUUCGCGGCACAAUUCGACUUCCUCCUGAAGCCCAUCUACGCGAUGAUCGUUCUCUCCGGUAUCGGGUUCUCGUUCUCUUUCGUCAUUUACCCCGUCACGGCUGUGGAUUUCGUCUCGGAGAAAGGUUAUUCGAGCAACACAGCUGCUCUGAUUUUAACGACGUUCUCGAUUGGCGACAUCUCGGGUCGACUGCUCAUCGGGUCCAUCAGUGAUCGACGGUACAUGGGACGUGAUACGAUGAUGGCGGCAAUAUAUUUCGUUUGGUCUCUCGGCUGGUUCAUCUUUCCUCUGUGCAACAAAUUCGAGCAUCUCGUGCCGGCCUCCGUCCUACUUGGCUUCGGCAUCGGCUGUGGGACUCCUCUUUACACUGUCCUCCUGGCCGACUAUCUCGGAAUCGAGAAAAUGCCCCUCACGUUUGGAGUAUACAGAAUGCUCCUUGGAACCGCUUCUCUGGCCCGACCCUUUUGUAUCGGGUUUUUCCGGGACACAAUGAAGUCGUACAAGGCGAUGUACUUCACCCUUGGGAGCUACACGUUCCUCAUAGCCUGUAUGUGGCUCAUAACUGCGACCAUCACCAGAGUUCGCUCGAGACCAUCCGAAGUGCGAUUAACGACACACUCGGGAAGCGGGAGGAGUGAUCCUGCCAGAUGGUAA